CCCACACACAAUUCAAGGAAUGCGCAAAUCAUUACAACAGUGAGACGGAAUGCAAGACGUUGUCACCAAGGUUGCUGUUGUGGGAAGCGGAAUUUCAGGAGCUGUUUGUGCGGCCACUCUGGCAAGGAAUGGAAUUUCUGUGACCCUUUUUGACUCUGCUAGAGGUCCUGGUGGCCGCAUGUCUCAAAGAAGAGAGAUAACCGAAGAUGGGAAAGAGCUGUUGUUCGACCAUGGUGCUCCUUAUUUUACAGUAACAAAUCCUGAUGUGCUGAGUGUUGUGGCUGCGUGGGAAUCAAGUGGCCUUGUUGCUGAGUGGAAAAUAAAUUUGGGGUCUUUUGAUUGUUUCUCCAACAAAUUUGUCAACGUUGAACACCAGGAAAGACAAAGCAAGAAAUAUGUCGGCGUGCCUAGAAUGAAUUCCAUUUGCAAAGCAUUAUGCCAUGAGCCUGGAGUAGAAAGUAAAUUUAAUGUGGGUGUCGGGAAGUUUGAAUGGUUGGAGAACGAGAAUUUAUGGUUGUUGACAGGUUUGGAUGGACAGAAUCUUGGUCAUUUUAAGGGAGUGGUUGCAUCAGACAAAAACAUUGUUUCCCCAAGGUUUACAGAGAUAACAGGACAAUCACCCCCUCUUGACUUGAGUUUGGCUCCGGAGUUGGUGAAACUGCAAAAGAUUCCUGUUAAUCCUUGUUUUGCUCUAAUGCUAGCAUUCACUGAUCCUUUGCCUAUGGUACCUGCACAGGGCUUCUCGUUCACCAAUUCUAAGGUUUUAAGCUGGGCUUACUGUGAAAGCAGCAAGCCAGGGCGUUCUUCCACAAGUGAACGAUGGGUAUUGCAUUCAACAAUGGAGUAUGCAAAGGAUGUGAUUGCUCAAACUGGCCUUCAGAAACCUUCAAGAGAAACAUUAUCAAAAGUGGGCAAUGAAAUGCUCCAAGAAUUUCUAGGCACAGGUCUCAGUAUUCCGCAACCAUUUUUCAAGAAAGCUCAUAGAUGGGGAAGUGCCUUCCCAGCUGCAAGCAUAGCAAAAGAAGAGAAAUGCCUGUGGGAUGAGAAGAAAAGACUGGCCAUCUGUGGAGACUUCUGCGUUAGUCCAAAUGUUGAAGGUGCAAUCCUCAGCGGCUUGGCUGCAGCUUCAAAGCUGAAAGGCAUGCUUAGGAGCCUAUUCUGAUUGUGCGGACUGCUUUCCAUUCAUGUUGGCUGCAACUACAAGUCCAAGUUAUAAUAAUGAUUGAGCAAACCGGAUUUGGUUCUUCCAAAGAAAAAUAAGUUUCAAUUGCAAUAAAGCUCAACUCAAUGUUGAGCAUGCGGGUUGGAAUUAUUACUAUUUUAUAAUUUUACCUUAAAUGUCAAUCUUUUUUUUUAUGAUUAUUAUAGCAUAUUAAAUUGUUGAAUUUUGUAAAGGUUGAUAUCACUUUCUAAGUUGCAUUCUGUUUUACUUGGUUUGA